AUGCUCCUGCCUGAGUUUUGUUGUUUGGCUCCCACGCUCGUGCCUGGGAACGACGGCUUUCUCCUCUUUUACCCAGAGAACCUUUCUCUGGACUCCAGCUGUUUCUCCUCUCCGCCUGUGAACUUCCUUCAAGAAUUGCCAAGCUACCGGUCCACUGCACGCAGGAGGACCUCCGUCCCUUCCCGGGACAAGCAGAGUGGCACUUUGCUGAAGCCGACAGACUCCUACAGCUCCCAGGUGGAGGGCGAAAUCACUGAAAACCUCAGCAGCCAGUCUAUUCGAAAGUAUGCACUGAACAUCUCCGAGAAGCGGAGACUAAGGGACAUUCAGGAGGCCCAAAUGAAAUACCUAUCAGAGUGGGACCAGUGGAAGCGAUAUAGCAGCAAGUCUUGGAAGAGGUUCCUGGAGAAGGCUCGGGAGAUGACAACUCACCUGGAACUGUGGCAGGAGGACAUCCGCAAUAUAGAAG